AUGAGUGGUGGGUCUAUGCAUUCUGGUUUGGUUGGGCUUGUGUGCCUGGCCAUUGCCUCUGCUAUUUGUUGUUCAAGUGUUGGAAGCUCCAACAACAUCAUGUGCUUGGAGAGUGAAAGGCAUGCUCUUCUCCAGUUCAAACAAGGCCUUGUGGAUGAGUCCAGUGCUCUUGCCUCUUGGAAAAGUGAGAAAGAUUGCUGCAAGUGGAGAGGAAUAGCGUGCAACAACCAAACAGGUCAUGUCACCAGACUUGAUUUCUCCUUUAGAUAUAUCAAUUAUACAGAAGUUCCUUUAAGAGGUGAAAUUAGUCCUUCACUACUUGAAUUGCAAUAUCUAAAUUACUUGGACCUCAGUUUUAAUGAUUUUGAAAGAAUUGUGAUUCCCAAGUUCAUUGGCUCUUUGAGUCAAUUGAAACAACUAAGACUCAGAGCAGCUAAUUUCAGUGGAUCUGUUCCUCCCCAACUUGGAAACCUCUUUGAUUUGCACACUCUCGAUCUUUCCUACAACUAUGAUGUUCGUUCAGAAAAUCUUGAGUGGUUAUCUCAUCUUUCUUCCUUGAGAUACCUGAACAUGUCAGGGCUGAAUUUGUCUGAGACUGUGAAUUGGCCACAAUCUUUAAGCAAGCUCACUUCAAUUACAGAGCUUCAGUUAUCUUCCUGUAAUCUUCAUGAUGUCAAUCUAAGAUCACUUGCCUCUAUUAAUUCUUCCACCUCUCUUCAACUCCUUGACCUCUCUUAUAACUCUCUUAAUUCUUCAAUAUAUUAUUGGAUAGCCAAUGUCAGCAGCAACUUUGUCCAUAUUGAUCUCUCUUCCAACAAUCUUGAAGGUCCCAUCCCAGAUGUCUUCACAAGCAUGCUUUCUCUAGUAACACUAGAUCUCUCUUCCAAUCAACUUGAAGGUGGGAUACCAAAAGGCUUUCAAAACUUAUGCAGCUUAGAGUCGUUGUCCUUAUAUCUCAACCAAUUGUCUGAAAACAUUGAGGACUCUAUUGAAACCUUGUCUUGUGCUGAGAACUCACUUGACACCUUGGACUUGAGUUUUAACCAAUUUUGGGGGUACUGGCCAGAUUUGUCACGUUUUUCAAAGUUAAGAUGUUAG